UCGGGGAGGGGGCUCCCGCCGCAGUGGCUCUUCUCCCGGGGACUGAAACUGGCCCGCAAGCGGCUGGGCACCGACGUGGAGAGGAAUGGGAAGCAGCGGGCCAGUCCCAACACUGCCCGGCUGCCUCUGGCCUGUUUGGGGCAAUUCUUCUCUUGCUGCAUGGCCACCGCCAGGGAAGAUUUCGGGUGCCAGAAGCUGUCCCGGCUCGUGCUCGCUCAACUAGCUUGGUUUUAUUUAUUUAUUUAUUUGUUUUAUUUCUUUUUGACUCUCGUGCCCACGUUUUAGUCCUUGCCCAAAGUGCUGUGCCUGGAAGGGGGCAGAUGUGUGGCCGAGUGGAAGGCAGGGCAUGAAUGUGCGGGCUGGGCUAAGGAAGUAAGGUACUGGGGCCAAACCAGAAGGACUGAGUGAGAUAUAAAGUCGGAAAGUGAGAGCCCUUGAUUGAUUGAUUUUUUUUUAGGAGGUGAAGGGACCCCCCGAAGCUGUCAGAGCUGUCUGUCCAACCACACCGGAGACCCAAAUGAGAUGAUACAAGUGUUUACAUUUACCCCCCUCCAAAUGCCACGCAACGUCUCCAAACCUUGAUGGGAGGUUGGGCAUGAGAAAUUAUUUCUGGUCCUGACCUCCGCAGGCAACUUCUCUGAGUAGAGAGGGUAGAGACGGUCCUUCAUUGUUUUUAGCCAAGAGUUGACCACUAUAAUCACCUCCAUGCGGGUUAGGGUGGCUUCAAACCCUUGGAGAUAAAGGAGAUCUCUGUGGAAAGUGCUGCUUUCAACAGUAGGAUGGGAAUUGUCUGAGAGCAUGUGCUCCCUUGCUUGAGGAAUUUCCCUUGGAAAACAGUAGCCUUUUCUAUGUCCUGCUUGGAUAAUUCAGUUCGUUAAUAGCAAUCCCUGACCUGAUACUUGGCAGAAAUUCGGGUACCUAGCUAGCUACAGCAGAGGGCCUCCUGCUCCUCAUUUUUAUUAUGGAAAUUCAGAAAGCAUGUAAGUGGUUGCGGGGGGGUCGCAGUUGUAGCUGGGGCUUUUUAUACCUCUGGUGAAGAAAAUGCCUAUGACUUCGUGGGAUCUUUAGUGGAAAGUUAUUUUAAAACCCUGAAAGGAAGAAAGAAUGAGUUUUUAAAGCAAUCCACCCACCCAUAGGUAGAGCAGAGCCACUGAUGAAGCAGAGCACAAGUGUUGGCUAAUUCUCAGUGAGCUGCAACACACUGGCAGAUUUUGCAAUUCCUAAUAGUAUACUACAUUAAGGCAACCUUGCCUCCUUAUGCGGUCCCUUUUAGCAUUUUACAGCUGUCUUUCAAAGCCGAGGAAUCUGCCAGGUAAUGCCACUAAAAAUAACAGCAACAAAAAAUAUCUGUGAAUCUCUUCCUCUCUUGCUUUAUUUUUUUUCUCUCCUCUACUUUUGUUUCAGUUUGGACCCUCCUUCCUUCUCUUUCUCUCAGGCUGGCUCUUUCCUGAGCUGAACUACAUCAGCCUAAGGUUCUUCACAUCUGUGUUACUGGGUUAGGUGCUGGGAGACUUGGUUUCCAGAUGCUUUAGUGUAGUUGAGUUGAAAUGGAAAUGGCAUCUCUCAAAGUGGUCUUUAUUUGAUUUAUUUUUUUAAGGCCUCUAAAGAAACUCAGUUCAAAAUGCUCUCUUCCCUCUUCCCCCCCCACCUUUUUUUUUUAAUAGUGCCUGUCUGAGGAUUGUCAGUUGAAGGGCGUCUGUGCCCAAAAGCUUGCAAAGAACAAUUUUUGCAACUCUUUAGUUGGUCUAAUAAAAGAGAUUGCAUCUACCCAAAGCACCCUGUCUGUCUGUGAGGAUGGAAUGCAUUUGUGCUUCAGCCAGAGGUUCGGAGUGCCCAGGGAGUGAUAGUUUUGCUUUCUCCUGCUAUUUGGACAUUGCCCAGCUGGCUGAAUGUUGGUUGGUAUUUAUUGUUGAUCAGUUUUCCGGCUCUCUUUGACCAUCAGGAAUACAAGUUCUUAUUUUUCCAAGGCUCAUGUGAUUUAGUUAACAUUUUUGUCUUUUGGUAAGCUGCUGAUCUGGAAUAAUAUUGGAAACUGAAGAAUGGAGGAUAUUUCCUGUUGAGGCUAUGUGAAUACACAAAACUAAAAGGCUGGUGAUUUUUUUUAAUGGGCCUUUUUCUCUUCAGUUUCCUAGGAAAUUACCUCAGAAAGGCUUAUUUGCCUGCACAGACUAAAUUCAUGGCUUCUGUGGAAGGCAUUACACAAUCGGACCAGUUACACAAACCUGGGUUAUUUCAUAACUUGUUUACAUCAGCUGUCCUCUCUCUAGCUCGCUCGCUCUCUCUCUUUUAAAAAUUUUUUCCAGGGUUGCACUUGUUUUUUUCGAAAUUAUUAUUAUUUCUUGUGCAACGUGUGCAAACGACCUGGCAAAGUGAGGCGUGUUUCUGUUUUUGCAUCAAGAAGGCUUGUUUAAAAAAAAAAAUCGCCCAAUAUAUUAAACUUUGCCAACCGUACCAGCCCGUGACAUUCCUCACAUCAAAGAACUUUUACCAGAAAUGACUCUGAAGAUUUCCCAGCUCUCUCCAAACACACCUCUUUGGUGCCCUCUGUAGGCUGUUCCUCCGAGGGAUGUGAAGUUUCCAAGGAUUGUAGUUUGGAACUGGAUUAUUCAUCCUUACAGUAAAUGCAAAGGCAGGGCAGGGGUGAGGGGUGGGGUUGAGAAAUUGAAACUGCUUGGAUUACUCUGGAGUUCUUUUGUUUUCUUUUCUUUUGUUUUUUGUUUCAAUCUCAGUAAGUCUCGUGCAUCGUGUGGCUUUUUAAGGAGGCUAUGACACACUGAAUGGAUGUGCUGAAUGUGUGUUAAUGAAGUCUGACCCAAAUGAGCCAAUUUGAUUUUUCCCUCUUGUUUUUUCUUUUCCUUCAAACUGCCAGUGUGUUUGUUGUUUGAUAUGCGCGCCAGAAUGUAGUUUCUAAGGUUACUAUCUUAAUAGGGCUGAGAUCAGGAUGCUGGCUUAGGCAGCACAUAAGUGUUUUCUUUAAGAAUCUAGGAGAUUUCUCAAGGCUCUUGUGUGUCUUUUUUCCCCUUGAUCUUUGCAGAUCUUGUAGACAAAAGCUUUGCCUCUGUCCUAGAAAUUGGUCUAUUCUGUUGAUUCUCUACUGUGGAAAUAAGCAAUUUUAUCACCACAAAAAACAAGCAUCUUGCAGAUUUUUCAUUUCUUUUGAAUCUUUAUUUCCCGCUUUAGAAGCCAGACAAGUUGCAUCAGUCACAAGUUUGAGUGGAAACUGCAUUUCUGAGCCAAAAUGUUGAUGUUUUUUAAUUAUUCGAGCCACACAGCGCAGCACUGUAAUAUUUUUUUUUUUAAAUGUUCUGUGCCGUCUCCUAAUUCUAAUCACAAACUUGCCUUGUGGUUAGCCCCGACUUCAGUAAGGACAGUGUACUCGCUGUUACUGUCUAGCAGAUUUCCUUCUGCAGUAUCCAGUGUGUGCAGAGAACUACUUGCAUGAGAGAGGCUUAAGAAGGUUCCUUCCAUUGUUAUAGGAUCAUUUGGGUUGGAAAGGAGCACCUUCUGCUGGGCUCCCCUGGUUCCCCCUUUUUCCUAGCUGUUGUAUCAACUUCCAAGGAGGGUGCUUUUUUUGUUUCUGUGUGCCUGCUCCAUACACCUACCUGACUAACUUCAGCUGAUCUGAACAGUUCAGUAAGCAAAAAGAGUACAAAUAACUGUACAGAAGCUCCUCAAAUAGAUAGGGAAGGGAAAAUGGACGGCCGGCAGCCUGAAACCCUAUUCCGUUGCUGGUCUACAUACCUGACCUUGUGACCUACUGGUCUAGCUCAUCCCCUAGCAUUAUUAUGGCAGAACUGAUUUCACUGUCUUUGAGAUGGCCCUGGGAGAUGGAGUAUAGGAAGCCAUUACUCAGUGCCGUGUUUUAGAUUAUAAUAGAAACAGACCUCAGCCCUCGGCAUAACGUAGCGAAGGGGAAGCUACAGGGGUUGCUGUGCGUGGUAUUUUGAUCUGUGUGUUGCUUGGGUCAGCGGAAGGGCACUGGCUCUGGGGUCAUGGUGGCUGUCUGGCUGCUUGUUCCACAAGGGAGACUGGGUAUCUGGAGCGUAUGGCACUGCAGUUUUAUUACUACAGAACAUGUUACAUGGUGCUGCACAUUUCCAUGAAAUUCAGGAACACCCUUGUAGAUGCCCAAGGGCUAGGAGCAGAAAGAGGACCUGAGAUGAACAAUCCAGAGAGGGUGGAUGUGGGGAUCCAAGCUGAGGCGAUGAAUGGGCAAGCACAAGAAAUAGGGAUGAAAUAAAGAGAGUGAGAGGAAGAUGGCAUGGUGGAUGAGGGCAAGGGGGGUGUUUCAGGAAGAGGGGCCAGCAUAACAGAAGGUACAAAAGCUGAGCUGGAAAGAACAGUAGAUGGAUUUGGGGAAGAUCAGCUGGUGUUUCAUUAGCCAAGUGGUGGGAACCUAGUAGCAUUUUGGAAGGGGAAACUAAUGGCAGUGCAGUGUCUUGGGUUAAAGCUGGGGAGUUACUAGAAAUAGGAAGGAGAGAGCUGCUGCUGGGAAAACUGUGGCCAGUAAAGGAUUGAGCAGAACAUGGAAAUAGCUGAGCUCACAGGUGGAACAUAGAUGUGCUGGUCUGCUCAGAGACCCAACGUCAAUUAGAGCAGCAGGUGUCUUAAGACAAACUCUGACACAAUCUGUAAUUAGUUAGAUGGAGAAAGGGGGGCAAUAGUAGUGGAUGAUUUUUGUGCCAAAUUACAGGGUUCUGAGUUUUAGCAGUAUGCUUAAACACCAUGUUACUGGGUAAGGAAGAGGGUUAGUGAUAAAGAAGGUUCAUCCCAUAGACAAGAACCAAGUGGGAUUUCCCUCACUUUCUGAAUCUGUCCUGUAUACUCUUACCCAUCACAAAAGCUCUCUCUCUCUUCCCUAGGCUUGCAGAAAGCCUGUCUCAGGGUUUAACACAAUCUAGGGAUGCAGUUAAAGCUCUGUCUAUGAGAGAAUCAAGAUUUUGCUCAGUAAAACGGGUAACCCAGUCUCCUGUCCUGUGUUUAGUGUUCUUAUUAGUGCAAGAACCAUGUAUGUGGGGAAGGCCUAGAUCAGUGACACCUGAUCAGUGACAUCUUACUGUGAUGGCCAAAUUAUAGGGCAAAUGCAAGAUCUGAUUACAAAUCUAGGGGCAGGGGACCUCUCCAGUGUUGUAUGGUCUGAUCUUCAACUUGUCACAGUUAGGGCAGAGAGAAACUUCUCUCGUUCAUCCAGGUAAUUUGGUGAUCACUGUAAUUUUUUGGACCUGGUGGAUAGGAACUCCUGCCUGGUCACUGGUCACUGAAGGACAGGAUGUAUAUUACUGCAAAGGUCAGGUGUGCAGUGAGCCUUAAUGUGGAAAUCUUUAGCGCUUUCCCUCUGAGGAUCCAAACCUGCCUUGCUAUAGUUAGUUUAGCCUCAUAGCCCCACUGCCAUUGGGAUAAGAAUCAAAAUACCACACUUUCCAGAGAGGGGGAACAGAAAGCUGUAUAGAAAGUUAAGGACCACUGAGAAAGUCGGUAGUAAAUCUGGAAGCCCAACCCAGAUCUCUUAGCUGGCACUCCUGGGCUUUAUUUGCUUCACUACUUCAUGCUUUCACUCUGUGAUGUCAGUCUCUUGGUAAUUUGGCCUCUGUUGCCCCUGCUUUAUUAGGCCACACGAUGUGUGAGUAUGAGGAUGUCCUGUGUCACACAGUCACAGCUAUGCUCAGCGCUGGUAAGGGAGGAAGAAAUAGAGAUUUUCAACAAACUCCUGUACAGGGAUAGAGAACUAACCUUUUGGCCUGUCUUACACUCCAGAGUGGAAUGCGUCUGUGUUCAAAGUGGAUGAUUUUCGUGCAAUCUCGGGCCUACUGAAUUCAAAAUUCCGAGUAGAUAUGCCAGGAUCCGGCAGUGCUUUUAUUCCCACGAUUAAUGCCAUAACAACCAGCCAAGAUCUGCAGUGGAUGGUGCAGCCUACUGUGAUCACCUCCAUGUCGAGUCCCUACUCUCGCUCCCAUCCUUACAGCCAUCCUCUGCCCAACCUAUCUUCGGUUGCUGGACACACUGCCCUGCAGAGACCUGGCGUUAUUAAGACUAUUGGGACAACAGUGGGCAGAAGGAGAAGAGAUGAGCAGCUGUCACCCGAAGAAGAGGAGAAGCGAAGGAUCCGGAGAGAGAGGAACAAGCUGGCAGCUGCUAAGUGUCGUAACAGGCGUCGAGAGCUGACAGAGAAACUCCAGGCGGAGACUGAGGAGCUGGAGGAGGAGAAAUCAGUACUGCAGAAAGAGAUAGCAGAUCUGCAGAAGGAAAAAGAUAAGCUGGAGUUCAUGUUAGUGGCUCAUAGCCCCGCAUGUAAAAUCAGCCCAGAGGAGCGUCGUAGCCCCCCGUCAAGCAGCCUCCAAACUGUCCGGACCGGAGUGAGUGGAGCUGUAGUGGUGAAGCAGGAGCCUGUGGAGGAAGAGAUCCCAUCCUCCUCUUUGGUCCUCGACAAAGCCCAGAGGUCUGUCAUUAAGCCCAUCAGCAUUGCAGGGGGGUUUUAUGGGGAGGAGUCACUCAAUACUCCCAUCGUGGUGACCUCAACGCCUGCCAUCACCCCUGGCUCCUCUAGCCUGGUCUUUACAUACCCCAAUGUGCUGGAUCAGGAAUCUCCUCUCUCCCCUUCAGAAUCCUGUUCCAAAGCUCACCGGAGAAGCAGCAGCAGCGGUGACCAGUCCUCGGAUUCCUUGAACUCUCCAACUCUGUUGGCGUUGUAAUCCCUCUGCAUCCCCCAUUUGCCAAUGUGUUACAUUCCCGCCCAGUACCCUGGGGGGACACCCCCUCCAUGGGAUUAAAGACAGGCACAAGGUCGUUUAAGCACAAGGGCAGCAAGAGCAAGAAAGGGGAAAUGCUGUGGCUCCAGGACCUUCCUGGGGCAGGAAGAAUGAGAACAAACAGAAGCUCCAUGGAAGAGGAAAUGGCAAUGGUGGGAAUGAAAUGCCUUGUCUGUUUGGAGAGGGGGAAAUCCCUCUGUAGGAGCUGCCUAUGGAAAUCUUUUUGUGUCUUUAGAGGACUUGGGAAAACACUCUUGGCCAGGACUGGAGGCGAGCUGCAGAAAGUCACUAAUCAUCCCUUGCCUUUGUGAAUUACUUUGAAAGGUUACUUGCUGUGCUUACUUAAACCUGGUUAGUUUUGAUCUUACUAGAUAUUUUUCUGUCUUAUUUUUUGUUGUUGUAGCUGUUGUUACCAAGACAUUUCAUCUAGUCAGUCUAAACUCUAAAGGCUUGUUAUGAUCUUUGUUAGCUGCUGAUGAUGUUGGGGAAGGAGUUGUAGGAAACAUUGCUGUUGUCAAGGUGGGAGGGUGGAUUUGGAGGAUGGAGGGGGGAGUUGAGAGGCACCCCAAGGACUAUGUGCAGAGUUUGAUUUGAUAGCGUAUAAGUCUCUGUGACAAGGACAUGGUGAAGAGACUGUAGGAGGCUCAUAUGUUUGGGUUGGGGGAGGCAAGGAGUGAGUAUGAGAGGAACCAUUGAGUGUGAGAGAUGCUUUGUUCCCCUGUGCAGUGCAAUAGCCAGGUUAGCAAAACACCUCCUGUAUGGGGCCAGGAGAGGUGCCAGGAAACUGAUGGGAUGCUAGAGUCAGUUUCCACUAGACUUUGGCAGUGUUUCUUCUGUAAUUAGGGUUUGCCAGAUUGGCUUCUGGACCUUGUUUCCUUUGCCCUGGCUGCCAGCCACCGUGGGUGUAACUCACCUUCCUCCUCAUCGUAGUGUCUGAUUCAGAGGUUGAUCCCAGCCUGAGAGCAAGCCUUACCUCCCCAGCCCAUAUCCAGAAUGUGUCGCUAAAGAGAAUGUGCUGGUCCUGUGAAUCCAGGAAAGAGAUUAACUGAAGACAAGAGGGCAAGGCUACCUGGACGUUCACUUGGCUGCUUCCUUUCGGCACCCAUGCAACAGUGCAUUUGUACCUCUGAGCUCUGUUUGGUUCUGUCACUCCACUCAUAGUUUCCUUGAUGUUAAGGUCAGAGGGGCCCAUUUUGAUCAUCCAUUCAGACCUCCUGUAUAGCACAGGCCAUAGGACUUGAAUUAAAUCCUUGUCAGAAUUACAGCACAUCUUGUAGAAGAACAUCCAAUCUUGAUUCCAAAAUUGACAGUGAUGGAAUCCAUCAUUACACCUCAGUCCCUGGCAUCUGUUGGGUUUUGCUGCUUGAUUGAUAUGGGGGAGAGGAGGUUCUGGUCUUCAAGGCACCUGGAGAGCUCUGCCCCUUACCACCCUGGGUCUUCUUACGCACGGUGUUUGGUGCCAGCACAGUGUCCCUGAUCAAGCACAGCUGUUUAACACUGAUGUUCACUACUGAUAAUGGUGAUGUGCUUAACCUGAGUUCAUCAGCAGUUAGCUUCCAACUCUUGUUGAUGUCAAUGACACUGAAGGAUCUUGGUCACGUGCUCAGCUCCUUCACAUCCUACUGACUCCACUGGAAUUAAGACUGCUCAACACCUGGCUGGACCUGACUUUUACUGAGCAGUUGGUGGUCCUGCAGUAUCUUUGAAUUUUUAUAUCUUUCUUAAAGGGUCACUGUCUUGGCCCUGAACAAAAAUGUUGCAGGGAUUGUUAUUUUUAUUGUAUUUUUUAAAACAAGCAUUUUACAAGCUCUUCUGCUGUAAGCAGAAAGAUAUUAAUGAGUUCCUACAAAACUGAAGUCCAGUAGUCCUGUUUUACUUCUCAGCAACUUAAAUCUUUUCUACAUUAUUCCAGCAACAGAGAUCUAAAACUAGACAGUGUUACAUCAGGAAAAAUUGCUGCUUCUUUUACCCAGUCUAGCAGAGUCUCCCUUGCUUCGGGAAUAUUCAGUAAAAUGGCCUUGUUUCACUCCCACCCCAACACGGUGGAACAUCAUGCUAACAGGUGGUGACUCCUCUUAAGACUUUCUUUUUUUUUUUUUUUUUUCUCUGCUUGCCACCCAGUGCUUCCUGGACCAGUUGACCCAAUUUAUCAUUUUGCAGAGAGUCACUGGAACAGAGGUUGGAUUGAUAAAUGAGGUCCAAUCCUACAAGGAACUGAGUAGAGACCUGCUUCCUACACUUCUGAGUUUAUUCAAUUGGCAGCAGGAGAGCAAACGCCUCCUCUGAAGUCUUGCUGAUCACCACACAAGUCUGUUGUGUCUUUGAAAAUAUUUACUAGACCCCUUUAGUAUUGGGAAAUGAGGCAUUGCUCACAAGCUGAUCAGCUGCCUGUCAGACUUGUGAUAUGACAGCCAUUGAUUGUCCUUACUGUAGAGAUGUGCUGACAAACCUCCAGGAGAGUAACAGAUCCAUCCAGCAUUGGUGGGUAAGCAGAGAAGCAAAAUAUAAUCUCCAGUCAUCCUUUCCCUUGCCUAUAAAACCUCUCUUUGUCAUCAGCAAGAGUCAGACUUACAAAUGAGAGGUGCCUGUUAACACAGGUGGCCUAACCCCCUGUCUCAGCUAUAGAUUGCUUUCUACAAGGGAUUUCAAGACUUUUUACAGAUACCAAACCCUUAGCUUAAAGUCUAAAAAUAAUUACUUGUUUCUGUCUUUAUCUAAGCAAAAGAGUCCCCUUUCCUCACCUUUGUGCCAUGGGGGCACAUCCAAUGGAAAAUCUGGCUCCUCUCUUUAGGCCUAAUUCAUUGUGAUGUUGCCAGAUGGCCCCAUCCUCCUCUGUCUGCCUUUAGGCCAUAAGACUCUUUACAUUUUUCUUGAGUGAUGAUGACACAUUAGCUUUUUGAUAGUCUUGUUACAAGUCAAGAUACAGCCUGAAGUCUCUGUGAGAUGGGUCCAGGAUCAUUUUUAUUAUGAGUGUCAGCGAGCACAUCUACACAUGCACUGAUGUGCCGUAGGUACGGUGCAUUAAGUUUUUAGUACCUGUAAUAACAGGUACUAACUAAAUGUGCAGUAAUUGGCACUACUGCCCAGUAGCUCUGGCACACACCUUUUUAGUGACACUAAUGUGCAGGAGAUUCAUUCUACUGCAGUUAGUGCAGUAGCACGGCUUUUGCUGUGAUGUGCUAAUGUGCAGUAGAAUUAGUCUUCUGCACGUUUAGUGCCUUGUGUAGACGUGCCCAAUGUCACCUGCUCUCUUCCAGGUGUUGACCGUCCCCACUAGUCCCCAACUGGUGCUCACCAUGAACAUCCACUACAGGGAUUCCUGGACGUGCAAUGACUGAAUGUUGUAUGUGCCUGGUUGGGGCUCAGGGUGGAUGACGUCAAGAAUCCAAAGGCUAUCGUAGUCGGUGGAAAGACCUCUAGGGAUUUCAACAGCCUUUGGAUCAUGCCCCUGAUGACUGACUCCAAUUCAGUAAAGUGCCUAAUAACAUGCUUAAAAUUAAUCACUGCCAACGUGGGUGGGAGGGGAGCAGUAGCAGUUAAAUUGAAGGAAACUUUUAUUCAGCCUGCAAGUGAUAUGUCAUCCUGAUGUCGCCCUCCUUUCUCCCAUGCCCCCUUCUAGCUGUGACAUUUGCCUCUGUCCUUUUCUUUCUCUAUGGUAUAGGCACUGGCUAAGUUCAGAAACUGCUUGUGGUAUGAUAGGACUUGGGACCAACAUGCUGGGAUCAGUCAUGGGGUUUUUUUGUUUUUUGCGUUUUUUAAUCUUGUCAGAUGAACUUAAUAGAUCAUUCAAAUUCCUUUAUUUUUGCUGCUUUCUGCAUGUAGGAUCCACCUGGCCUUAGUCUGAAAAAAAGGAAAGAAAGAAAUAGUAUCUCGUUAUUUAUUGGCAGACAAAUAUUUUGUGCCUGCUCCAGCAGAUCUGCCCACCAUUAAUUUAACCUCAUGUUCCUGGUGUUUUGUCACCCCCCCCCCCCUUUAAUCCUAAAGCAGAAUUCUGAAGCAUUGAAUUUUUUUUUUUUUUAAAUGACUACAACACUUACAAUCUCUUUCUCAUUUGAAAGGCCAGGUCAAACAUUUUUAGAGGUGGGGGGUAGAGGGGGGAGAGGGGAGGGAAGAGUCUACCGCUUAGUCCUUAUUUAUUUAUCUAUCAUGUUUACAUCUUUUUCUCUGUUCCAGACCUGGAUAUAAAAAAGACAGCAUUAAAAAUACUCAACUUUUUUUUGCAGGCUAAUAAUGCUUUUUUUCAUUUCUUAAAUGAUUCCUUUUUUGUCUGUAUAAAAUGUAUAAAAAGAUAUGUUUCUAAAGAUGCAUUAUCAUUCCUCUGUGAACAGUAGUUAGGGCUGGGGACACAUCUCAGAGUACAAGAUAAUAACAAAAUCUUAUCCUGUUCUACUUAAUUGUUCCCCUCUCAUACUGUCUGAUUAAAGGGUUAUUCCACUUUCUUGUCUGUGGUUACUUGAUAUUAAAAACAUAUUAAAAUGUGUAGAAAAUAGGUAUAAAAUUGUUUUUGGUCAGUGAGAGGAUAAAAUGUUGUAUAUAUCUUGAUAAACUGUGUAGUUCAAAAUAACAUCGAUAAGGGAUAGUGCAUCUUUAUUAGAGCGAUAAGUUACUAGUGUCACUGAAGUCUACUUUAAGAUCCUUGUAGGAUAAAAGGGCCUGAUUCUGAUUCCACUCAGAUGUGGGUAAAUCAGAAGUGAUUCCACUGAAGUGAAAUCGGAGGAAUCACACUAGGGUAGAAGCAGUGUGAUGGCAAUCGGGAUCAGGCCCCAAAGAUUCAUACACAUCUAUGGAGAUCAGUGAAUGUUUGGGGCACCAGGAUUUUUUUUUCUCAACAAGUUUAGAUAGUGAUUUUUUUGUUUUGCCUGGGGUGAAAUAGUUUCUGUCAAGAAGGUUCUUCAAGGUGACUGUUGAAUUGGGGCCCUUCAUUCCUUUUUGAUCUUUAUAUAGUUCUUGUGGUCAUGGAGAAACUCGGCUCUGAAGCACUCUCUCUGGUGUUGACUCUCUUUCUGUUCUUGUUAUUUUACUGUAAUACAGGCCUACAGUAUUUGCACUAAAACAAAAAAGCUUGUUAGAGAAAGCUUGCUGCUAUGAAAGAAAGAACAUAUUAAAAUGGUUUUGCUUUUACAAUUUUACCUGAGUAGCAUUUUAUAGAAUAAAAAUCAAUUUAGAUUGAGAAGAAGAAUGAUUUUUUUGCCCCUCUCCCAACCUUCUUUCUUUUCCUUCCAUUCCUCUGUGGUCUGUUAUUCCUCCUUCCCUUGGUGCUCAGUUGUAAUGAUUGGCUGUGUUGUGACUAUGCUGCUGAGAGUUAUGACACUUGUAAAUCCUGUUUUAAAGACAUUGUGGACACUCUUUUGUAUAGCGAGAGCUAACUGGAGUUCUUCUUUUCUCUGUUAAUUGAAGUCAUUAAAAGACUCUUUGCCAUGAACAAUUAAAA